AUGCCGGUGGGCAAUGUUGCUGCUAUCAUUGCUGCGCGAAGAGCGCGCAGGCACAGCAAAGGCUUUCGUCCGACCCCAGUAAGCUCUGCCGAGCAGAGGCGUUUGCAAGCUGCAAUAGCAGAGCGGAACCGCAAGGUGAAACUGAUGAAGAUCAUCAGGACCUACGACACCAACCAGUCGGGCAAACUCGAGCGAGAUCAGAUUGUGAAGUUGCUGACAGAUACGGACUCUUCAACACCGCCCGGAACACCACCAAGAAUCUUGGCAAAGCGGGUUUCUAUCAAUUUUUCUUGCAAAUCGUUCGGUCGCUCCACAUAUUGUGUUGAUCUUCAUUUGGAUUCCUUCCAUCUGUCCUCGUUUGGCUAUGCACUCAUUCGCUACCUGCUGGAAAUUCACACGACUUCCUUCUCGUUCCUGCCUUGUCAAGCACCCCAACCUGGGAGAAAUGCUGGAAGGAUGCUGCGCAAACCAUCGAACCGACACAUUUGGUAG